AUGCAGUCCAUGAUUCCAGAAUAUGCUACGAUACGACCCAAGACCCCGUGUGAGCGUGCUAGAGAUGAUGUGAUAAAUGGCCUAAUUGGAGCCUUCAUCCCCACAUGUGACGCCGCUGGACAAUACACCCCUGAGCAACGUUCCGGCUCUACAGAUGCUACGAUCCGAUCCAAGACCCCCUGUGAGCGUGCUAGAGAUGAUGUGAUAAAUGGCCUAAUUGAAGCCUUCAUCCCCACAUGUGAUGUCGCUGGACAAUACACCCCUGAGCAAUGUUUCGGCUCUACAGAUGCUACGAUCCGACCCAAGACCCCCUGUGAGCGUGCUAGCGAUGAUGUGAUAAAUGGCCUAAUUGAAGCCUUCAUCCCCACAUGUGAUGUCGCUGGACAAUACACCCCUGAGCAAUGUUCCGGCUCUACAGGUUACUGUUGGUGUGUGAACAGUUCUGGACAGAAGAUCCUGGGUACUGAGACUCUACCAGGCACUGCUAGAAUCAACUGUUCCACACAGAAUGCUACGAUACGACCCAAGACCCCCUGUGAGCGUGCUAGAGAUGAUGUGAUAAAUGGCCUAAUUGGAGCCUUCAUCCCCACAUGUGACGCCGCUGGACAAUACACCCCUGAGCAAUGUUCCGGCUCUACAGGUUACUGUUGGUGUGUGAACAGUUCUGGACAGAAGAUCCUGGGUACUGAGACUCUACCAGGCACUGCUAGAAUCAACUGUUCCACCCAGAAUGCUACGAUCCGACCCAAGACCCCCUGUGAGCGUGCUAGAGAUGAUGUGAUAAAUGGCCUAAUUGAAGCCUUCAUCCCCACGUGUGAUGUCGCUGGACAAUACACCCCUGAACAAUGUUCCGGCUCUACAGGUUACUGUUGGUGUGUGAACAGUUCUGGACAGAAGAUCCCGGGUACUGAGACUCUACCAGGCACUGCUAGAAUCAACUGUUCCACACAGAAUGCUACGAUCCGAUCCAAGACCCCCUGUGAGCGUGCUAGAGAUGAUGUGAUAAAUGGCCUAAUUGGAGCCUUCAUCCCUACGUGUGAUGUCGCUGGACAAUACACCCCUGAGCAAUGUUCCGGCUCUACAGGUUACUGUUGGUGUGUGAACAGUUCUGGACAGAAGAUCCUGGGUACUGAGACUCUACCAGGCACUGCUAGAAUCAACUGUUCCACCCAGAAUGCUACGAUCCGAUCCAAGACCCCCUGUGAGCGUGCUAGAGAUGAUGUGAUAAAUGGCCUUAUUGGAGCCUUCAUCCCCACAUGUGACGCCGCUGGACAAUACACCCCUGAGCAAUGUUCCGGCUCUACAGGUUAA